GAGAGAAUGAAUCUGAAGCUUUAGUUUCAUUAUUAGCAUAUUAGCAUAUUGCAUCCUGUUACAAAUGGCGAGAAGCAAAUGCACCCAGAAUAAUUUUUAUGAUGGCCUGCUGGAGAAAUGCAUGCCCUGCCAACUACGCUGUUCCAACCCACCGAUCAGCUGCACCACAUACUGUAUGAGACCUGCAGUCAAGCCCAACUCCAACUCCAGCUCUGUGCCUGAGAACAACAACCUGUGGCUGAUCCUGCUUUUCUCAUUGCUGUGUGCCUUUACAACACUGACGCUGCUCAUUCAGAUGCUACGCAAAAGGAACUGCCAGCCAUUCCUCAGAAAGAAAGGGAGACACCAAAAGCAAGGGGAAGACUCCGAGCAUGACAGAGAUUUGGAAGAAUCAAAGGAGAUGGAUGUGGCACACGAUAGGACCAUGGUCAGUGAGGAAUCAGAACCAAAGUACAACGACACUUAUAAUUCAAGUCUACCCCUGCCAUCCACUGAAGAGGGAACCACCAUCCUAGUCACCACAAAGACAGCACGGACCUGCAAUCACACACAUUUCUGUACACAAGACAGGACUCUGGAUGUAUGUAGGUCUGUCACCCUAGCCUGAUAAGCUUCAAAUGGAACAUGAGUGUUAUCAGAAUAAAGAAGGGACAAAUAAGCUGAAAAAUACCAGGAGACUGUAGUUAUCAGCAUAGCAUGUUGCUGAGGUUUAUGAACUUUGGUCACACAUGUGAAUUAUUCUUUAUAAAUGAGAAGACUCUUUAAUUUAAAAAAUUCUAAUUUGACAGAACAUUUUCAAGUUAUAUUGCCUUUCUUCGCAAACUCGGGAGAAAACUUGUAUUUGAACAAGGAUUGUAAUGUUAAGGAUAACUGUCGAAAAA